GGAUGUUCUUAAAAGAUCGCUGCUGCCAAAAGAACGGAUUGCUGGGGAGUCUGACUUUGGAAGGGUUGUAAAGAGGACGGGCGUGGAGAACACAGUAGCGCGUGUAAGGUGACCAGCCUCACCUGGGAGGAAGAAACUCAGAUGGACAGAGACAAAGAAAUACACGUUUCUUCUUAAGGGAGCUUGCUUGCGCUCCCCCAGCCCCAGGAGCCGCCAAUUGCUAGAGGAGACCUCAGAAGACGGAACAAUAAGCCCAAUUCCUACGCCAAGAUUCUCAUAGCGUCCCCCCGCAAAACACAGUGUUCAUUUUCAAGGAAAAGGCUGAAAACACUAGGCAUUAGAAUUGACUACCAUGGAGACCGAAGAUCACGACACUCCCCAGGAUGGAGCCACAUCCUCAAGCAGUCAGAGGACCACUGAUGAAGUCAGUCUUUUGCUAAUUAAAGCUGUUGAAGAGAAAAAUGUUGACAGGAUCCAGCAAUUGCUGGACAGAGGGGCUGACGUCAAUGUCUGUGAAGACAUUGGGGGUUGGACACCUUUGCACAAUGCAGUGAAGUUGGGCAGGGAAGACAUUGUAGAUGUCCUGCUUCGUCGUGGUGCUGACCCUCGUAAGAGGAAGAAGAAUGGGGCCACUCCCUUCAUCAUUGCUGGGACCAAAGGAGACGUGAGACUGCUCCAGAGAUUCCUCUCUGAAGGAGCAGAUGUCAAUGAGUGUGACAUCAAUGGCUUCACGGCUUUCAUGGAAGCUGCCGAGUAUGGUAAAGUAGAAGCCUUAAGAUUCCUUUUUGAUAAGGGAGCCGAUGUGAAUUUGAGACGGGAGACAACAGAGGACAAAAAGCGACUGAAGAAAGGAGGGGCCACAGCUCUCAUGAGUGCUGCUGAAAAUGGCCACACAGAAGCUUUGAGUGUUCUCCUCAAUGACAUGGGGGCAGAGGUCGAUGCCCGGGACAACAUGGGCAGAAAUGCCUUGAUCCGUACUCUGCAGGAAGAGGAUUGUGAAAAUGUGGAGGAGAUUACUCGCCUUCUGCUGCUCCAUGGGGCUGAUGCCAAUGUGAGAGGGGAAGGGGGGAAGACACCCCUGAUGGCGGCAGUGGAAAGGAAACACAAAGGCUUGGUGGAGAUGCUCCUGAGUCAGGAGGGCAUAAACAUUGAUGACAGAGAUAAUGAGGGCAAGACGGCCCUGCAAUUUGCUGUUGAACUCAAACAGAAGAGAAUAGUCCAGUUGUUAUGCGCUAAGGGAGCUAGUACUAAGUGUGGGGAUCUUGUUGGGAUAGCCAGGCGGAAUUAUGACACUUCCAUUAUGGAGAUUCUUUGCCUUUAUGAAGCUAAUGAUAAAAGUGUCCCUCCUGCUGGUGACUUUUUGCCUCACAGUUCACACUGGGGAAAAGCCUUGAAAAAACUCCACAGAGUGGAUCGACCCAUGAUUGGCAAACUCAAGAUCUUUCUAGAUGAUGAAUUUAAAAUUGCUAGCACUUCUGAAGGAGGCAUCUACCUGGGGUUCUAUGACAAUCGAGAGGCGGCUGUGAAGGUCUUUCGUGAGGACAGCUCACGUGCACGCAAUGAAAUCUCCUGUCUGCAGGGCUGCCGUGGCCACAGUAACUUUGUGACUUUCUAUGGACGCGAGAUCAGCAAGGCCUGUUUAUAUGUGUGUCUGUCCCUGUGUGAGUGGACAUUGGAAGAGUUCCUGGGUGGACACAGAGCGGAACCGGUGGAGAACAGAGAAGAUAAGUUUUCCCGCAAUGUCCUAUUGUCUGUUUUUGUGGCUGUUCAAAGACUACACUUGCAGGGAUUCGCUCAUCAGGAUCUAAAGCCCCCAAACAUCUUAAUAGAUGACAAGGAAGCAAUUCGCCUGGCAGAUUUUGAUCAGAGCGUCCAGUGCAUGGGAGAUCCACAGGCGGUCAAGAAAGACUUAGAGGCUCUCGGACGGCUGGUCCUCUAUGUGGUAAUGAAAGGUGAAAUCCCCUUUGAGACUCUGAUGGCUGAAAAUAAUAUAAAGGUGGCAAAAAAGUCUCCAGACGAGGAGACUAAGGACCUCAUUUGUUGCUUGUUUUCCCCUGGAGAAAAUGUAAUGAACUGUCUGAAGGACCUGCUUGGCCAUCCUUUCUUUUGGACCUGGGAGAGCCGUUACAGAGCACUUCGGGAUCUGGGGAAUGAAUCUGACAUCAAAACACGAAAUAAUGAAAGUAAGAUUCUCAAAAGACUGAACUCUAGAACACCUGAGCCUUCCAGAACUUUCUAUCAGUGGACAUCUAAGAUUGACAAAUAUGUUAUGAAAAAAAUGAAUGAUUUCUAUAAAGCUAUGAGAAAUCCUUAUCAGAAUACUGUAGGCGAUCUACUGAAGUUCAUUCGGAAUAUGGGAGAGCACAUCAAUGAGGAUAAAAACAAGGAUAUGAAGGAAAGAAUCGGAGACCCUUCUCGUUAUUUUCAGCAGACAUUUCCAGAUCUUGCCAUUUAUGUCUACAAGAAACUAAAGGACACAGAAUACAGAAAACAUUUUCCUCUGACUCAAUCAAACCUCAGUAUGCCUGCGGCAGCAGGACCAGUGGACCUACGGAGCUGAGUCUUACAACAUCAAUUAACCGAUUUUUAAUGUUUCUGGGAAGUUUAAUAUCUCUGAUCUGUUAAGCAAUGUGGUUGCUUGCCAGGCCUGAGUUAUGGAGCCAGUGUGUCCGUUUCUGAUACAGUUAGUUCCACGCAAUCACAAAAGCUAUGUAUCACAAAACUACGCCACUCCAUUCUGGUGGACAGACUUGGGAGAGACUUCUGUUAAGAUUUCAUUUUUUAAAAAGUGUGUGUAUGUGUUUGUGUAUGUGUGUGUGUGUGUGUGUGUGUGUGAGAGAGAGAGAGAGGGGGGGGGGGAGUGGGGAGUACAUGUGUCACCUGUGGAAGGUCUGAGUACAGCUCUCAGUUCUCUCUUUCUACCAUUAAUUGUGUUUGGGGGAUUAAAUUGACACUGUGAGGCUUUUGUGGUAAGCACUGCUAUCCACUUGAGUCAUAUGACCAGCAUGAUUCCUAGUAUAUUAAUUGCACCAAAGAAAUGAGUGUCAAGACCCCUGUGGCUGUAUGUUUUAUAUUUAUCUCAUUUAAUUUUUCCAAUGAUCUUGCAAAACAUAAUUUAUCAUCUCUAUUUAAGAACUGAGGCUUGAAGUGUCGGAGUGCCUUGCCCAAGGUCAUACAACCUGUCAUAACAGUGUCCAAAAAGAUAUAAUGUUAUUGGUGCAUCACAUAUGGGGGUGUUAGAAACAAUCAACGUCUCUUCUGGGUGAAACUCUGAAGGAAUAUGCCAGCACACCCAAAGGGCUCCAGGAGGCUUGGUCAGUCAUUCAGAGUUUGGGACCUAGCUAAAAGAAUUCCAUUCUUUCUGGAAGCACCUGUAUGGGUUUCUCAUGAUCUGAAGGUCAUAGUUCUCACUUGGAGUCUUUUGUUAGUGUCAUAGCUGGGGACAUUGGCACUGCUGGCAUUGAGUAAGGAUGAACCAGGGAUGCCCUCAAGCAUUCUGUGAUGCAUGAAGUAGCUCCUGCUCACAAUACCACACUGUGCAGACUAAAUAUCAGUGGUGCUGAGGGUGAGAAAGACCAUCUGAAGGGACUGGGACGCGGUUGAGCUGGCCCUGGGUCUAGGGCUGUGAAGAACAUGGAAUACUUCCCAGAAGAAUGACUUGGGUGUGUUUUCUAGACGCUGGAUCUGAAAUGGAGUGGCUCCUUCUGGUGUCCCCUCCCUCCCUUCCCUGCUCCAUGGUGCAAUGCUCUAUUUAUGGUGCUGUCCCCAGAUCCCUGACACAUUGUUACCUCAGUAUAUGCUUAGUAAAAAUGUUUACUCCGUUAUGUAAUAUUUGAUGAAUCUUCAUUGAGUAAUCACUGAACCAUUCCUGCACAUGAAUGAUGAGGAUAAAUUGCAUAGACUUUAGAAUUUAUACUCUACACCUACAUAGUUUUAAAUCUAAUUUUGUUUUGAAAAAGUACUGUAAGGAAAGCACUGUGAUCUCUGUUUUGAUAAUGAGGAAACUAAGGGUAGAAAUAUUUUUCUGUACUCUGAGCCUGUAGCAUGAGCUGUCACUGCCUUGAUUUUGACAGAUUUUCCACUGUGACAUCUAGUGUUCUUAAGAUGGAGCUUUGAAAUGGGUAUUAAAUGGUACCUUAGAUUUUUUUCCAAAGAGAAGGUCUCUGGAAAUGACUAGAUGGCUGUCACUGCCAAGAGUUGUGGUCCUCUGGAAGAGACAAACUAUCGGCUUAAAAGGUUUUUGAGCAGAUUGAUCUCUUUAAGUUUUAAAAUUGAGCUUUGUUAUCUGACUUGUAUAUGUCAAUCAAAAUGUCCAUGUGCGAAGCAUACCCAAUUAAAAAAUUGA